UCUCCUCUCUCUCUCUCUCUCUCAUUUUGAUGGGAAGAAUACAGAAACCAGCACUUUAGUUUGUUGCGUAUCUUACUGAGAGAAUGGUUGAUUUCUGAUAUGAUCAUAUUUUAAUAUCUAAUAAAUGUUUAAUAAGUUAAAAAUUGGUAUAAUUGAUGCACUAUCAUUAAUUAGACUGAAAAAGGUGCACUAAUGACAUCAGAAAUAUUUAUUGGUUCAAUUUUACUAGAAUAGUGAUAUAUAAUUUGUAUUGUAUCUGUAACAUGUGGCCUCAAUUCAAUUAGGUUCUCUAGUUCAAUUUGGCUACAAUUGAGAUGUAUAAUUUGUUUGCAUGUAUAGACAUGGCACAAGUGCAGCAGAUAGGUUUUUUGGUUCAAUUUGACUGGAACUGGCAUAUGGAAUUUGUAUGCACCCGUAGAAUGUGGCCAAAAUAUAGCCUAGCAACCAGAGUAUGUUAAUUAUGUCUUGGCAUUGUGUGAUAAUUUCUUUAGUAAAUGUUUCUUAGAGAAACUCCUGACCAUGUGAACCCAGCAGACAGUCAUAUAUGUAACAUUUUUCCUUGCAUUAUUACAUGAAUGUGGUUGAUGUGGUUUGAAUCUGUGACCUGAAUAUAACAAUGGAGAAACCUUAUUGAGGUCCUAGACUCUUUGUUCUAGUGCAGCUUUACAGUGUAAUGUGAAAAUUCCUGGUACAUCUAUUCAAGGAAAAAAUAAUAACUUCCAGUCCUGAAUUUUGAUUGGACAAACAGUUUUUGGAUGGAGAAGCAUAGCAUAGCCAAAAUGCAUAAUAACAUGUUUUUAUCAAAGUCCUCUUUUUUCUUUCUUUAUCGGUGAAAAAGAUAUGCUGGCUGGGGAUUGUACAGCACAUUGAAUGAUCAAAUCACUCUAAUCUGCACAGAUAUCAAUGAAUAUUUUCUGGACCAAUUAUAUAGCAAUUUAUUUAUUAAAGGCACGCACUUUCCUUUUACAUCAUUUCUUGAUAUUUCACUGAAUCUUUUAUAAAGUCCCUCAUUUUGGAAAAUUCUCUCUCAUACGCACAUGCCCAAUUGGAGAAUAUCACACCAUGCGCGAGUGGUACCUAUCAGGCUAUCACCUACACUCACCAGCUGAGGAGAGAGACAUACCAAGGAUUGGUGUAUCAAGGGCUUGCUUCAAAGCUCACAGCUCAAAAUUGAAUAAUUGUAUAUGCUUGCUUAGCUGCUGCUACCUGGUGUUUAGCAGCAACAGAUUCUUAAGUUCUUAAAUCUUAAUGAUGAAAAAUGCUGAUAGUGUGUCAUGUAAUGGAAUCAAGUUCCUCAUUGAAUAUGCACAUCUGGAGAUACCAGAAAGGUUUCCAGGACCACGAAAGGUAUUUAAUUGCCAUCAUAGCUGAUGGUCCAAAUGGAUGGUGCAGAUCCGUUCAUCACACAUCCUCCUGCAUGAUUCCCACCGUCCAACCUGUGAGAGGUUGACCCUAGUACUCCUUAUUUAAUUUACCAAGUCAUUAAAGAUCCUAUGGCAGCCCUGCGUAACUGAGACAUUGGUGCCUUUUUUUUAUUUUUUAUGUAAAUGGGUCCCUGCCAGUGGAUUUUAUGCGAAUGAAACUAUCAGGGAAAAAAAAGCUUUGCAGUGCAGGGGGUAGCUAAGAUUUUAUUUUGUAUUAUCAUCAGUGAUUUAUGGAGUUCCUGCAGAUUUUUGCAGAGCCCUCAAAGGCCAGAAGAGGAACUGUUAUUUUGUUGAAAUGGACAAUCUCCUAAAGUGCUUUUCUGGGCUGAUUUUGAGAGAGAAAAAAGAAAGUACAGAGGGGCUGGCUUGUGUUGAAAGGUAAAGAAAUCAAAGAGUAGAGAAGGAAAAACAGAGAAAACAGAUUGAAGAUAAGAGGAUAAGGUUUUUCAAGUGAGUUGUCAAGUGAAGAGAAACUUACAGGUGUUUUCCACUAAUUUACAAGAAACUAGAAUCACUUGUAUGUGAAGCAAUAUCAGUAGCUCUACCACUACCAGUACAAGUUAAAAGAAGCAAAGGAGAAACCCAAGAAAAUUUUUGAGGUUCUGUGGGUUGCUUUUUGGGAAACGGGACUGAAUUUGUUAGGAUUUUCCUACCGCCAUAUAUCCCAGCAGAGCUCAUACGUGGCCACCCUAAGUGUGUGAGUGAUCAAAAGCUUCCCUCUUUCUCUUUCAAAAUCAUCAUAGUCGCCAUCAUCACUGGAGGUUCUAUGCAAAUGGAGGCAACACUUUGUUGUUUUGUAUUAGCACUGCAAAUAGUGAGCUUUGUUUCUGGGACAAGCAGGCCUUUUGCAUCUAAUGAUGUUGUUGGUGUCAAUCAACCAGGCCAGAGUUCAGAGUCUUUACAAGUUCUUUUAGGCUCAAACUCAGGCUCCCAGAUGGGGUCUAAACAGGCAUUGUUUCUCUCUCCCAUGUUAUGUAAAUGUUACGUUAGGUUUACUUUCAUAGGAGCUUGGAUUAGUGUUAAUAAAAAAAAUUUAGAGUUGUGGUUCUUAUUUGAGAUGUUUAAUCAUCCUUUGCAGGAUAUUGAAGGCUUGGGAGAAGUAGCAGGAUUCAAUAAAGAAGCAUGUUCUAAAGGAUUGAACAAAAUUGGAUCAAGUCCACCAAGCUGUGAACACAAGUGCUUUGGUUGCACUCCAUGUGAAGCCAUCCAAGUGCCAACAACUAGCAAGACCCAUUAUCAUUUGGGUGUCAAUUAUGCAAAUUAUGAGCCUGAGGGAUGGAAAUGCAAGUGUGGCCCCUCAUUCUACAGCCCAUGAGCUACUUUUUUUUUUUUCGUUCUUUUAAUGCUUGAGAUGAUCUUGUCUUCCUUUUAUUUAUACAAAUUUCUCAUUCAUGUUAUUAUUAGUUCCAAGUAAUCUCUGUUGGUACUCAGGAUGAUGAUUUUUUUUUCUCUUUUUUUUUUUUGAGUGCUACAACCUAUAUGGUGAAGGAUCCUUGGAAGUACCUGAUAUCAUUUAGAAUGUUGCCUUUUUUUUGUGUGUUAUUUUAUCAAUGGCUUGAU